AUGACCGAUCUAGCCUUGCUUAAAAAAAAGUCGCAAAAAAUUCGCUCUAUGGCACACCAUAUACAAAGUGGGCAUCGUAGCCUCUCAAAAACAUUUGAGGCCCUAAAUCUACGUAUCUUCGAAGACUCUCCGAAACUCGCAGGCUCCGAUGUCGAAGAAAUUAUACUGCGUGUAAUGGAGAACGAUGAUUUUAUCCUACUGCAGGAUCUCUUUUGUGCAGUCAACCGUAUGAGGCUCUGCAAACUAUUAACUCCGGGUGAUGUGCGGUCUCAUGUAGAGCGCAUGCAAGAGAAGGGAAUCUGUAAGAUGGUCGAUAUAUACGGCGUGGAAACCAUUUUCACUAACACUUCUGCAUGUUUCUUGAAUACAGUUGCACGGGCGGUUGCAGAGGCUCCCAUAACACCUUAUCAGCUUGCGGAGACCCGUAAAAUAACCCUUCUUCAAGCGGAAUACCAACUACUGUAUGCUGAACUGGAAGGUGUAGUAACACGCGACGACGAAACGUACCGUGUUACGUACUAUCAUAACCCAUUUUUGCAACAAACACGCGUUACAUAG